AACAAAACAUAAAACCCAAUAGAGGGCGCUGCGCUACACGCCAACCGAUGCUGAUCAGUAAUUCACAGACUGAUGGUACAUCGCCAUCUACUGGGAGUUUGGAGAUUUUCUGUCACCAUAUUUCAAAUUAGAACUAACGUAUAGCGCCAUCUAUCGGUUUUGUAUAUUUUCAUUUUGCCAAGGAUCUUGGAUGAUGUACGGCGCCCUGUAUUUACAGUAAAGCAAUUCACAAGCAUUUCCAAACAGGUGUCUCCUAAUUCUAGGUCUGUGUGUACACAGGAGCGGUAGGAAAGUGUAAUCAUCGUUACGUGGCCCGAGCAUGACGUCACAUUUGGGCGUGGUAUCACGUGUAUGAUGUCGAGGCAGAUGGAUGCAGGAAGUGAGUGACCCGUAGUGACACGGCCAUGGAGGCGGCUGAGGAAAGCGAGAAGCCAGCGCCGAGCCGGGAUCCGCAUGAGGAGACAUUAUUGUCCUGGGAGAGGGAGCAGAGCAUUUUGAAAGACAGACUGAUCAUCAGCAACACUGAAACAUGGCAGAAUAUGCCUAAUUUCCAUGGACUGGAGCGUGUCGGAGGGGUAGACCUGUCAUAUGUAAAAGAAGACGAUACUAUUGCAUGCGCCUCACUUAUAGUGCUGAGUUACCCAAAUCUGGAGGUUAUCUAUGAGGACUGUCAAAUGGUGAUACUUGAUGCCCCUUAUGUAGCCGGGUUCUUAGCCUUUCGAGAAGUACCCUCACUAGUGGAAGCAGUUAAAAGGCUGAAGGCGAAGGAUUGCAGCUUGAUGCCUCAGGUGCUUCUUGUGGAUGGUAAUGGAAUCCUGCAUCACAGGGGUUUUGGAAUAGCCUGUCACCUUGGGAUCCUCACUGGUCUACCCACCAUUGGCGUUGCCAAGAAUUUGCUCCAAGUUGAUGGUAUAGAAAACAACGAGUCACACAGAGAACAGGCAAAAGAGCUUCUUAAUGGAGGGGAAUUCUUUUAUCUCAAAGGCAGCUCAGGAAAUAUUCUGGGAGCAGCCUUAAAGAGCAGCCAAAAAAGCUUUAAACCCAUCUAUAUCUCAGUUGGCCACAAAAUAAGCCUUGAGACUGCUGUGAAACUUGUCCACUCUUGCUGCAAGUAUCGAGUGCCCGAGCCUACUAGACAGAUGAGAAGUGGUGUUAUCAUCUACGACCUCAGGUAGACAGGCUGAUAUACGAUCAAGAGAAUUCUGUGUUAAAAUAACCAAUGAGAAGCAGAAGCCUCAGGACUUACAUCAAGAUUGUAAAUCCUGUGAACAGCAGGACGAGAAUUAAAAAUGCAAGCCUGGUUCUAAUGUAUAUCAGAAAUGGGAUUUACAGUAUUUAUUUUCUAUAUAUUUUAACAUUUUAAAUAAAAAUGUAUAUUCAUGAUA